CCGCCGUUUCCGCAGCAACAGGGAAAAAUGGCAGCCCUCGCGACCCUCACUCAGCUGUCAAGCGGGAACCCUGUAUAUGAGAACUUUUACAGACAAGUGGACCCGGGAAACACCGGGAGGGUUGGACCUACCGAGGCUGCCUUGUUUUUGAAGAAAUCAGGCCUGCCUGACAUCACAUUAGGAAAGAUCUGGGAUUUAGCUGAUCCGGAUGGCAAAGGUUUCUUGGAUAAACAGGGAUUUUACGUAGCUCUGCGUCUUGUGGCCUGUGCGCAGAGUGGACACGACAUCAGCAUUUCCGGUGUACACCUCCCCGUUCCCUCUCCAAAAUUCAAGGACCACAGUAGCCCAUCACUGAGCUCUGUUACGUCAACCAAUGAGAGCCACUGGGCGGUGCGGCCUGAAGAGAAGAGCAAAUUUGAUGGUAUUUUUGAAAGUCUUGCCCCAGUGAAUGGAUUACUGUCCGGUGAGAAGGUCAAACCAGUUCUAAUAAAUUCCAAACUUCCUGUGGAUGUGCUUGGAAAGGUGUGGGAUUUGAGUGACAUAGACAAAGACGGACACUUGGACAAAGAUGAGUUUGCAGUG